CGUCCAGCCUUAGCCCAUCCUCAGCAUAUCUGCACUCUCUGACCAAUUUGUUCGUCGACUACAAUGGCCGAUAGAGGCUACUUUGCGCUCCUCAGCCACCUGUACCACCCGGAUAUUACCCUGACGCUACCCAUCGUCCAAGCGUCAAUCGCGCACUACCUUUCCCAUCUGCCUCAGCCCCCAACGUCCCUAUCUGCAUCUAUCAUCAGCAGCCCUCUGUUCCAGCCAUUCUCGUACGCGAAACUCGAGGCUCUGUGCACCGCACACAGGCACGCGGUCCAAUCAAAGGUCAAGCUGUUGCAAGAAGACAAGGGCGGUGUCUUCUCCAGGGGUCUGCAUCCGAGGCUGAGGGAAUGGACGAAGGGUGUACUGGAGGGGUUCAGGGGCGGACAUGCGGUUCUGAAGCUUGUAUGCUGUGGUGGGCUGCUGCUUGGUUUGGAAGACUUAGAAGGAGAGCUGCACCUCGGGAAUGGCGGCGAGCGGGGGAUGGUGGAGGAGGAGAUUGUGCUCGCGCUGGCUGAAGUGCUCGAUACGUACUCGUAUGUGCCGUACUCGACCGAGUGGGCGAAGGACUUCAAGUCGGAAUCUGAGGAUGGAGAAGAACCUCUCGCGCUGUCUUUACUGCUGGCAUCUCGGUUCGUGCCGCUGAUCUCUACUGCGAGGCUAGAGACGCUCCCACUGCCGGUCUUCUCUGACCUCCUCACCUCGACAAUCGAAUCGGCCUUCCAAGGUGGCAAGUACCUCACUCAUGCCUCAUCAUCAAGCCAGGGAGCAAGCCUCGCAUUUGAUGCUUCGUCGCCCUUCGCCACCACCAUUCGAGCCUUGUCUUCGUCGAAGUAUAUUUUAUCUAUGGCCACGUUGUCCAAGUUCUCCGCACGUAUACUGUCUGUCCUAGCAGAGUCCCGCCCUUCAUAUGGGUGGCCGGCUAUGGCACAGGCAUUGAUUAGGCUGCAACGCACCGCCGGUGCGGUAGAAGCCGGCUGGGUGUCCAGUUCAUUUGCGUCAGUCUCCAAUGAGGAAGAUGUUGCGCCGGAUUCAAGAGAACUAGUGACCCAGACGUGGAACCUACUGAAGACACAGCUGUUCACGACUAUCAUGCUAUGUCAGGCCAUCCUGUCAACAGUCGUCUUUGUACCUCAUCCGGGUACAGAACCUUCUACGUCGACUUCCUCACCACAAUCUCUCGCGACUGCUGUUCUACGUACACUUUCCCACCUAUCAUUCGUUGUUCACCAGUUCGGCGGCGUCACAGCGUCUUCCGGGGGCGGAUUCCCGGAGCUCAAGAGGGUAUUCUACAUGGCGCUAGAUGUACUUGCUUCUGAUCCUGGUGAGAGCGAGCGCUUCGUGGCAGAGCUAUGUCAACCAAGCUCAGCGAACGUUCAUGUCCCGGCGUUCGUCAAGAACGUCAAGACUGCAUACGUUCUGGCAUGCAUCGAACAACUUACACCCGUCCUCAGCGACGAAUGCAUCCUCAGGGAUGUCUUCUGGUUGUGUCUGCCGCUCUUGUCGGACGUGACACACCGCGAGACCUACGAAUCCGCGCACUCCGUGAUGCUUGCCGUCUUCUCGGCGUAUGCACAGAAGACGACGCAGCAUGCCUCAACGCAUGCGGGUGCUGAGUCGUCCAGCUUCAUCAGUCAGAUCAUCCCGUUUUAUACGGAGUGCCUGCUAGAGAACUCGAGCGAUGGAAAGCUAAACACCGCCCAACUGUGUUUAGCUUAUGCCGCGGUAGUGCGCGGUGCGACAGCGUGCGGGGAUGGAGAAGUCCUCGCCUGUUUCUGUGUCGAUAAACUCCUGGAUGCCCUCCAUCAAGUUGGCGAUCUGAACGGUCCAUCGAACGAACACCUGCAUCGCCUCCACUUGACACUCGUCGCCACGGUCUCAUCCAUCUCAUCGGCCCUCCUACCGCGGGUACUGGACGAGUGCAAGGCGGUUAUUAGUUCCCUAUCCGACUCCUCUGCGGCCACUCAACGAAGAGAACUGACGCAAGCACUGUUCAGAGAGAUAUCGGAGAAUGUGGGGGACGCAGAGAAGGAGUAUUGCAUGCGGUGGUGGUAUGAUAAUCGCGCCUCGUUCGUAGUGGAUGCGGGAGCGUCUGAAAUGUGGUGGAGAGCAUUGGAGGUUCAGCGCGACUGUAAAAUACGUCGGUACGGCGAAAUCGCACUGCAUUCUCGGAUGAGGCCUGAGGGUCGACGGUCGUAUGGAGACUGACACAAGGCCCAUUACUUACUACCCAAUUGCUGGCCCCAUCAACGAGAGUGAGCUCGUGGAACACGCCUGGACGCGUCGGGCACGUCGAUA